AGAAACGCCUACAUUCCGAUGCAAAAUUACGCAAUUAAGUUGUACAUAAACACCUAAAAGGUGCAAAGAAAAACAAAAAAAGGAAUGCUACCAAAAAAUUACUAAAUCACUAAGCAUUAAAGUAUGAGAUACCAUUGGUCAAAGGGUUAAUAAGAAGCUUAAGAUCAGUAGAAUUCGGAGGUACGAAUGCAAGCGUUAGCGCGCCUGUAGCCGUUGAAGUUAUAGUGGUUCAAUUCCAUUUUUCUCACUGGUGUGGGAUAACCGAUGCGGAGGGGUUCAAUUCCCCCAAAAUGAUCUUCUGCUUACUUGCGUGAAGUCAUCCGUGCCAUGAGUAGGUCGCUUGCAAUCAUAAACGCUUGCGACUAAAAGGGAUCAACGCGGACCUUCCAUAGUCAAGUUAAUACCCAUAUUCCAAUGCAAAAAUUUAAAACACAAUUUUUUUACAACAAAUAAAGAUGGGUCCAAAAAUAUGGAAAAGCAAACAUGCAUAAAAGGCAAAAAAUAUAAAUAAAAAAGCAAAAAGAAAAAAUUUAAAUUAAAUACUAAUAUAAAAAAAAUAUAAAAAAAAAAGAAAAAAGAAAAAAUUUAAACUAAAUUUACUAACAAAUUAACUAAUUAACAAUUUGAAAUUUUUUCAUAACCAACUAACAAUUUUAAACCUUUCGAUAACUAAAAUAACACUAAUCGAGCUUAAAGCAACUUGCAACCAAUUUAACCAACUACUUCACUACUGGGUUCCCAACUAACGAAAAUAGAAAAACCUUUUUUAACACAAUAGACUUCACCAGCUUUACUAAUUCACCCUCCACUGCGCAACUCAAAACUAAGAUAAGUCCCUAGAAUAAGGAGUAGACACUAAGUUCGCAUACUCUUAAGAAAUUUACUGUUCGAAUGAGAUAUUUGAAAUAGAAAUAGAAAUAGAAUAGCUUAGUAAAGUAGACACUAAGAUGAUAAUUUUGUUCGAAUGAAUUAUUUGAAAUUCCAUAGAAUAGCUUAGUAAAAUAGGCACUAAGAUAAUAAUUUUCCAUUUUUUAUGUAAGCAAACAAUUUACUAACAUUACUAUAAUUCAUAGCAUCUGCCUCUGCGCAACUGCGCACUCUUAUGAGAUAUUUGAAAUAGGCUCACCAUUGGCCACUAUACGAGAUGGGUACGGCUGGAUCAUCGAUGGACACUUUAAGCUCAUUCACGUUAUAGAUCUAGAGCGUUAUGACUUGACAACGAAUCAACUGGAACAUUUACUAACCAACCUCAAUGAAACAACAACAACCACAGAAGUACUGCUGUUCCAACUAAACAGAAUUCGCACACACUUGGAUGAACUGAGAGGGCACAAACUUGCGAGAUCGAAGCGAUCCAUCGAUUGGAUAGGGUCUGCCUGGAAAUGGAUAGCUGGUUCACCAGAUGCGCUCGACUGGGAUAAGGUCCUUAACAACGAAAACUCCCUUAACCAAAAUAGUAACAGGCAAUACAAGCUAAACAGCGUUGUGACGAUCACAAAUGACGUCGUCGAUCGAAGAACCAGGGAAAGGCUCGAGCAGGAUGUCCAAAACAAGAUAGCUAUUCUGAAGGAAGACGUGAACGAGCUGAUACGCGCCUGCCAAAUGGCUAAGGCUGGCAUCUUCAAUAGCAAUCUCUUAAGCAAGGAAGAAGUUAACCAGCUUGUUGGCGAGAUUGACAUCCUUCCAUACAGUAAUGCCAUUGAAGCCAUCGAGUAUAGCAAACCUUCGAUCUACACCAACAACACGCUAUUGCUGUACGUGUUAUCUCUGCCUAAGGUCACGGAGGAAAGAUUCAACCACCUUAUCACACGAGCUAAUGUCCAGAAGGGCCAUCGGAUAGAAUUGGCGUACAAAACUAUCCUUAUAAGCAAACAGGAGACGUUUGGCAUAAGGGGAGACUGUUUGCACUUAUCCUCAGCAAUGGUAUGUGAAAAGAAAUCCUUGGACCUGCUACCGGAGGCUGGUUGUUUGGCUCGUCUCCUCAAGGGCGGAGAAACAAGUUGUCCUUACUUGACAAGCAACGCAUCUACCGUCGAAGUAAUCAAAGAUGAUACUAUUUUCCUGAACAAUUUCGUUGGCAACAUAAGUUCAGGUAAAACCACUACUAAUCUUAACGGUUCCUAUAUUCUCCGUGUAGACAACGAGACGGUAGUAAUCAACAACCAAACAUACUCAAGCAUUACCACCUCAGGAGUUCAGGUGCUCCCACCAAUCCUAACUAGCGUCACGAACCGCACAAUGGCUAUAAACCUCGAUUUGGUACAUGGAAUGGCAAUUGACAACUCGCAAAUAUUGAAGCACCUUAAAUCUGAGACGAAUUGGUUCAUAUUAUCCGAGGGAUCGGGACUACUGUUACUUAUGGUGAUAAUUUGGUUUAUCUGGAGGAAGCUCACAGCAAGGAUCCACUUACCCGAAAUAAAAAUCGAGAACCAACUUAGUCGAAGGAUCGAGAAACGUCCUUCGUCACCUAAUCUGCGGGACGCAGAUAUUUGAAGGGGGAGGAGUUAACACGCUGCGGCACCCAACAUAUUGCAUUCCCACACCUUACCGAUACACGUGCCGCUGCAUCAGCAUAAUCGCUGUUAUUCUAUAGGACAACCCAACACCUUAAGUCAAGGCCAGUUACAUAUCAGGUACCACGUACUAAUGCUAACGAACUAAGAACGGAGCCAGACGCAGCGUCAGCAAAUUAUGUUUCACACGAUUGUGAAAUACUUGCACAUGCCACCAGUGCAUGCCAACCGUGGGAAGCUAGGGGCGGAGCCAGCGUACCAAGACACGGCGCACCUGAAGGCAGCAGAACGACCCAAACCUAUAAAGGCCUGCAGCGCACAUCAAGGGGCAGUUGCGUAGUGGACAUUAACGGUAGCUUGUAACAUUUACCUUUGUAGUAAAUAAACCUUGUAAAUUCUAACUUUGAUCCUUUAGUGUUUCAUUUGCAGGGCAAGUUGGCCCUUUAAUUUUUUUGAGUGUAUUGGACUGAAAGUCCUUUUCUGGCGCCCGAACAGGGACCAGUAGUGAAGUGACAAAAUAAGUUGGAAUUAGCUAAGAGCUAGAAAAUAUAGUGAAAAGAGUCAAUAAAAUUAAAAGUGAAAAAGCUAAGAAGCUACAAAAAUAAAGUGAAGGAAAAAAGCUAGAAAUUUAAAGGUUCUUAAAAUAGAGAAGGAAAAUUUAAUAGAAAAUAUAAUACAAUUUUUAAACAAGCCAAGGGCUACAAAAGUGAAAGUGAAAAAAGUUCUAAAGAGAGAAAAAAAAUAAAUUUUCCUUUAAAUAGCCAAGGGCUACAAAAGUGAAAGUGAAAAAAGUUCUAAAGAGAAAAAAAAUAAAAAUUUUCCUUUAAAU